ACACCAUGCGAGUCGGACGUGUACCGCGCGUAAUCGAAAGUUCUUCUACUUGUAUAACUUUGUAGAAUGAUAUUUUAUAAACCGACGCGCGAAAUGUUUAAUUUCAAAAACGUAUAGUAACGGAUAUGAGUAAAUAAAAGGUUGGCAUAUACUAGUGUAUAUAGCCUUAUUUUUGUUAAUACAAAUCGAAAAGAAAAAGCUCGGCUUUAACACAACAAUACUUUGGUCGCCGGGCUCCAAAAUUGUGUUUGUGUUUUAAUUGUAUUUCGCCGGUGUAUUAUUGUUAUUGCCAAGUUAAAUAAUUAAAAUUGUAAAAUAUAAUGCCACGACCUCUAAAUUUACUAAAUAGCAGCUGAGAAAAAAAUGCAAGUGCAAAAAGUAUCCGUGAAAAAGUACGAACUACUCAUAUAAGAAAAAUACAUAUACACGCACACACACUCGCAUACAUGACGAUCAUUCAUUAUUGCUGCUGCUUCUUCUUCUUCUUGCGCGACGUGUUUCGCUUAAGCUCACCUGGCGUGUGUGUAUGCGUGCGUGUGUGAGCGAGUGCUGUGCUGUGCGCAAGUGUGAGUGAGACAGUGAGUGCCCAAGUGAGAAGCCGAGCUUUCAACUGUUAAAGUUAAAGUUCUUUAGCUUGCGUCGGCGUAGCGUUGGCAGCAGCAACAGGUUAGACCCGUCUACAGUCUCUCCCUCUCAAUCUCUCUCUCUCUCUCUCUCUGAUCUGGAUCUCAGUAUUUAGCAAGAGGAACACUCGCAAGUCAUCCCAAUCGUUAUGCUGUACAGUAAAACAUGGCAACGUCGUCACUUUAUGUUGCUGGGGUGACCUGUUUGGGUUUCGUGUGCUUUGCUUUGGCCUCCGUCGCCAUUGGCAUACCCAUUUGGGGUUACUACGAUAGUCCAUCAGGUGGCUAUGACUACGAUCGCGGCUAUUUUGGGCCCUUUAAAGUGUGCAAGCAAUUGACUUAUAAUCGCGAGAAAUGCGGCAACGAUGUCUCCAAGUUCCGGCUGAGCAAUGCCGUAUUCGCCAGCGGACUUUUGGCUGUGGGCAGCUCAGCGCUGCUAGGCAUCUUCUGCAUACUGUCGGUCAUCCAACACGCGAUGAUAUCGUCACGGGAGAAGGUGGUCAUGUCCUACACAUCGCUGGUCAUUGUCAAACUCAUCCUUGCCCUCCUGGGUGGUUUGCUGGCCAUUAUAGCCGCAGUGCUUUUUGCGUUGCAAAUCGAUGAACAGGAGCGCUUUGGUUUCAAGAUAUCGCGUGGCAUUUCCUUUUAUAUACAGAUAGUUGUGAUUGUUUUAUCGAUUGCGCUGUUUGUCGCCGCCGUCUAUGAUGUCAUCUUCUCCCGCAGCUCUGGAGGCGAUCCCACAAUGGCGCUGGACGCUUCAUCGCCAGCUAGUGCGACCACAUUCAACAAUCCCGGCUUCAAGGAGCCGCGUAGUCGCAACGGCGUCUCGGUUACAGAUGCCUCUGGCAAGCCAUACAGUGGCAUCCGCAAUGGAGCCGGCACAGCAGGCAGCGUGGCUUCGAUGAGCACCACUGUGACCAGUGUCUCGAAUGGUUCGACAUUGGACUCUGUGACACGCUCCCCGCUGCGUUCGAGUCUCAAGAAACCACGACCCCGGCCAGAUCCGACGCUGGGCAUUCAAAAUCCCGGCUAUUCCGGCUCGGGCAGCUCGCCGCCGAUGCGUCGCAAUGGCAGCGUGAAAAAGGUUCGCAUUCAAACGCACAGCACAGAGGUUUAGAUAGAAAAUGGCGAAAAUGUGUAGCCCUCACUUUAUGCGAUUAUCGAGUAGAGCAUCAAUACGAAAUAAGCAAAAAGAUGACAAAAACAACAAACAACAAAAAACAAUUACAAAGACUGUGUAUAGUAGCAAGCAACACAAAACGACAUUUGAAGAAAUACAAAUUGAAUGGAAAAGUAAAAAGUUUCAGGCGCAGACAAACAAGACAUCAGUAAAUUAUUUUCAUUUGUCUUCCAAAAUGAGUCGCAAUGUUAAUUUGUUUCUAAACAAGAGGUUAAUUUAAUUUUGAUUAAAUUGUUUAAUGGCAGGCAAAUUUAUCUUUUUGUAAGCAACGGUUUCCGUCCAAGGGCAGAGUCAAAGUAGUUAAUUUAAUUUCCAUUCGACAUUUCGUUUGAUAUAUGUUAUGUAUAUUUAUGUAUACAAUAUACAAUAUACCAUAUAUAUAUUAUUUAUCAUCCCUCAAGUGUCCUUACGACCCAGGCCCAGUCCCUUCACAAGCUACAAAACAAAUCAAAUCAAAUCGAACCGAAUCAAACAAAUCAAAUAGAGAAUACCUUUCCAUCUUUGUAACGAUUUAGGUGUAGACUAAGAUUUCAUUAAUUUGCAAUGUAAAAUAUAAACAAUUGUUGCUAAGUUAACCAUAUGCAAAUACAUACUACAAUUAA